CUAAAUAAAAAAUAUUUUGCAGCAAAAAGAAUUUCGUGCAACAAAUGUUUAUUUAAUGUAAUGGCAGAUUUGCAAAUGUAUGCAGAUCAUUUUUUGAAUGAAAUCUUAAAUGAAGCUGUAUUAGGGGUUGCAUAUGAAGCUCACCGUUCCCUCACCAAAGGAACUUUGUUUAUUGAUGACUCAGAUGAAGGAGACGAGAAAUAUAAAAUAACAAUCGAAAAAGGGUUGGACAUAUUUGGACAACCUAUAUCUGGAUCAAAAAAAACUGUUGAAUGUCAAUGCCCAAACUGCAAUCGCAACAUGGCAGCCAGCAGGUUUGCCCCACACCUGGAGAAAUGCAUGGGUAUGGGACGGAACUCAAGUAGGAUUGCCUCGCAAAGAAUCGCAAACAGCGGAAAGUUUUCAUCGACGAUAAACGACAGCGUUGGAGCUGAUGAAGAGCUCGACGACGACAAUGAUGUCGAUUGGUUCGCUUGCGAAGCGAACCAGCCAACCAAGAAGUCAAAGAAACGCAAAGCUGAGCGGGGUAACGGCUCGCCACGGACCUCAAAAUCUAUUUUAUCAAAAUCUCGUUCCACGGUCACGACCCAGUCGUGCGUGGCCGGCCAAUCAAAAGCAUUCGUUGAUCAGAAUGACAACAUUGACGUUGUACACGACACACGUAGCGAUAAUAUUAACCACACGGUGACUUUAUGGGAGAAACACAUCAACGCCACAUUGACGGGGAACGAUGGCGGAAAGUCACCCGCAAUGCAUGCUGGGAAUGUUAUUAUUAAGAAAAAGAAAUCAAAACAUAAUCCAUCGAAAAAAAGUAAAAGACGACAAAUCGUGGAUUUGCCGUAAAUGUUUCCUUUGUUAUCGUUGCUUUGCUAUGCAAAUGAUUCAUAGCUCCAGUGUUUUCUGUUUAACAUAAAAUGAAAUUGUUCUUCUGCCAUGAAGCAUCUAUUCCUUUGUUAUAUUUACUUUUUUAUUUUCCGUUUUGCAACACUGUACUUCACAAAUGUUGGUACUUAAUGCUGACACCAAGUGGGCAUUUUCUGUUGACACCACAUUCAUUGUGAAUUGUGAUGUCAUAAUAAACUAUUUAUUAUACACCAGC